AUGGGUUUCAACCAGACCUCAACCACGGCGGGGCCGCUGUCCACCUCGGAUUCAGCAAUGCUGGAGGCCCUUGUCCCCGGCUUCGGUUUUAUUUCACAAAUGUUGAUGUCUUAUCUCAAUUUUGACAUCAACGCCUACUUUCAACUCUUUGUUGCGCUCACGGUCUUUAGUGCAACCAUUCGAUAUGUUUUCUUUUACGUUUGGGAGCGCUUCAGUGAAUUUUUUAUCUCAACCGCGGAGAUUCGUUUAGAUGAUGAGAUCUUUAAUUAUCUUAUGUAUUGGGUCUCACGUCAGCCGCAAAUGAAGCAAACAAAUCGGUUUGUCGCUGGUGUCAAGGCUAAUGCCUACCUAAGCGACGAUGACAGCGACAACGAAGACGCAGAUGAUAUGGACGACUUCGAGUGGGAGGAGGAGACUGUUGGGAGCACAAAAGAGUCCUCCUUCGAUACAUACUGGGCCAAGGUCGUCAGUCGCGACAAGUACAAGACCUUGCAAUUCACACCCGCCGAGGGCUCUCACUACUUCUGGUACAAGAACCGUCCGUUGAUGCUCACGCGCUCCAAUCAAGAAGGGAGUACACGAUACAUAUUGAACAAUGAGCGGCUGUACCUUUCUUCCUUCGGUCGGAACCCAGGAAUUCUCAAACAGCUCCUGGCCGAUGCACAACAGGCCUACGUCGAACGCGAUGGGAACAUGACCGUCAUCUAUCGCGGUGGGAGGUAUUCCGCCGGGCAUUCGUACUAUUGGAUCCGGUGUAUGGCUCGUGUACCACGUCCUCUUUCCACCGUCAUUUUGGAUCAAAGCCAGAAGGACGAUUUUGUUGAUGAUAUCAAGGAAUACUUGCACCCUCGCACGCGGCGCUGGUACUCUAACCGCGGAAUUCCAUAUCGUCGCGGAUACCUACUCCACGGCCCACCAGGUACUGGCAAAACCAGUCUUUGCUUUGCCGCAGCAGGACUUCUUGGAUUGAAGCUCUACCUGCUCGAUCUGAACUCCACAUCUUUGGACGAGGAGAGUUUGUCCACUCUUUUCUCUGACCUGCCGCGUCGAUGCAUCAUCCUUCUCGAAGAUGUCGAUUCAGCAGGUAUCACGAAAACUCGGGGGGCCACAUCUGCGACCGAUACCCCAGCGAUUGUCGCUACCACCGAUGAUCUCAAAGCCGCGGCAGAUGGAAAAGUCGUGACCGAAGAGCCAAAGAAGGGCGGAGUUACUCUGUCGGGACUUUUGAAUGUGAUUGAUGGUGUUGCUGCUACGGAGGGCCGGAUCCUCGUUAUGACCACCAACCACGCCGAAAAGCUGGACCCUGCCCUUCUACGCCCCGGGCGUGUCGACAUGACUAUCACAUUCGGAUACACAAGUGAAGCAGAUAUCAAGGAGAUGUUCACCUCGAUCUAUAUGACGAUGGAGAGUGACAUGGUACGUGCAGCGGGGUCGGUAACAUUCACCAACGGAUUCGCGAAGUCUCCCACAAACAGCAUCCUGGCCAAGAUUACGAAGACAAAGGGGGAAAUUGACCAGAAGCCCAAUGGUGUCAUCGGGACGGAAAAGAAAGACAAGAAAAAAGAGCUCCAGACUCACCUCGAAUCUCUUCGCUCACGCAUCUCCGCCUUGGCAGUCGAGUUUGCAGCGGUUGUUCCAGCUGGCGAGUUCACUGCUGCCGAAAUCCAGGGUUAUCUCCUCAAUCACAAAGAGGUUCCCGAGAAGGCGAUUGAGGGUGCAGCCGAGUGGGUGCAAGCUUUGCUUGAGAAGAAGCGUGCCAGAGAGGAACAGGAAAAAUCUUCUUAG